AUGCAGUGUUUCUUUUUUUUUCUGAGGGACUGAAUUACUGUAAAAGGGCUGUCGGUCGAGACAGUAAAGUUAUUUCUGCUUACACGUUUCCAUGGCUAUUUCCCAUUCAGCUUGUAAGUAACGAAGGUCUUGAUUGGGCCAUGUUGCAAUGACAUGGCAACGGAGAGGAGCGUCUAAUAAUUAGUCGCAGGCCAUCAUAGACACAGAAAACAACAUUAAAAAGGUUGUAUUGAACAAUCAUAGAACCGCAGGGGAAAUCAGUUUUACAAAAGGUUCUGAGUAGGCAGAGCAACAGGAUGUCGAUGCGGACGCUACCCCUGCUGUUUAUCAAUCUGGGAGGCGAGAUGCUGUACAUCUUGGAUCAGAGACUCCGAGCCCAGAAUAUCCCCACCGAUAAAGCCAAAAAAGUUAUGAAUGACAUCAUCACUACCAUGUUUAAUAAGAAGUUUAUGGAGGAAUUGUUCAAAUCACAGGAACUGUAUUCCAAGAAGGCACUGAGAACAGUAUUUGAUCGCCUAGCACAUGCAUCUAUUAUGAGGUUAAAUCAAGCCAGCAUGGAUAAGCUUUACGAUUUAAUGACAAUGGCUUUUAAGUACCAAGUUCUCCUCUGCCCACGGCCUAAAGAUAUUCUUUUGGUUACUUUCAACCACAUGGAUGCAAUCAAGGAGUUCAUUCGGGAUUCACCAAGCAUUCUUAACCAAGUGGAUGAAACAUUCCGACAGCUAAUUGAGAUGUAUAGUUGCCUUCCUGCUGGAGAGUUUCAGCUUAUUCGACAAACAUUGCUCAUCUUCUUUCAGGACAUGCAUAUUAGGGUAUCAAUCUUUUUGAAGGAUAAAGUACAAAAUUCAAAUGGACGCUUUGUGCUACCAACCUCAGGGCAUGUUCCAUGGGGUACUGAAGUCCCAGGACUUAUUAGGAUGUUUGGUUACAGCGGAGAAGAAAUUAAAAGGAUUGAGUUUCUCAGUGGUGGAAAUUAUACAACUCCUCUUAGAGAAGGAUCAUUUGAUCUUUAUGGAGACAGAGUUAUUAAGCUUGGUACAAAUAUGUACAGUGUUAGCAGAACAGUGGAAACUCAUAUGUCUGGAACAUCAAAAACUUCAUCAUCACACACAAAAGAAAACACUGCCCCUAACCCCUUGGCUAAAGAGGAGCUCAACCUUUUGGCAAGACUGAUGGGUGGACUUGAAGUAAAGAAAAGUAGUGGCGAAUGUGAUUUCCGACUGAAUCUGUUUUCUUCAGAUGAAGAAGAGAAGUGUGCAGAGUUAAACCGUCCUUCAGAACUUUCUUACCAAGUUAUAAACAUACAAGCUACAAAGGACCAGCAAAGAAAUGAUGAGUUAGCAAGAAUUAUGAAGGAAUUCAAAGAAGAAGAGAAGCCUACACUGCAUACAAGUAAAGGAGAUGACCUACUAGCCAUGAUGGAUGGACUUUAGUUGAUAUAAUUAAAGGCUAUAAAGAAGAUGACUUUGUCACAUAUGUGAACUGAUCAUGACUGUUAACAAACUGACUUGCUGCUAAUGUUGCAUAACAUGAAUUCCAUACUUCCUCAUAUUUUUUGUACUUUGUUUUGUAACUUAUAAAUGUUUGAUUCAGCCAUGAAGAACAACUAUAUCAGAAUUAAUUUUUGUGCCACAGUAUAAAGACUGGUAUUUUGAAUAAUUUUAUUUUGUGAUGAAUUAUAACCCUUUAAACAGAGUGUUGUGCCAGAAAUGUAUAGCAGAAAUGUUGCCUGGGGUUAAAAUAUACUAUAUUUUAGUCUGGGUAUUGUUUUUUCUCUCUGCUCAUUUGGAAGUUGUAUUUUUUUUGCAGCAUUCAUGGGGAAUCAUUAUCUUAAACCGCAUCACUAAAUACGGAGACGUCAUUUUUAACUACUUUGUGGAGGUUGUUUAUGCAGUAUAUUUUAAAGUAAGCAGCUGAAGGAGAUUCAGUGAGGCAAGACAGGUUUCCUUAAAAGAGUAACAGUGGUGAUAUACAUGUUUGCAGAACAACGUGAUCAUUUAUGCAAGUUCUGAAGUACAGUUUGUACACCAAGAAUGCAGUACUGUGUAAUCCAAUAACAAUAUCUACAAAGUGCAGAAUUUGGAAGCAAUAGUAAUGCACAUUAAAUCACAUAACUACAUAAUUAGUUUAUAGAAUGAGUUAUGUAUUCCUUUAGAAAGGAAAAAGCUAAGAAAGUUUAAUGUAAUAAUAUGGCAGUAAAACAAAGGUCUGUAUUAGAACUAGCUGACUACUUACCAGCACGCAUUAAAGCUCUUAACAGAAGUUAGUAGAAUGGUAGUAUGAAUGGAUGAGAGAGACAGGAGUUUGUUCUUUGCUGAAGGGCAUAGUAGUUUGUUUCAGCUGGAUUUUCAGAAAAAAGUUCUUGGAAUUUCAGUUUAUGUAACGGUCAGAAAAUGGUGUUUGGGCCAUAGGUCUCAACCUCUUAAGAGGCCACUGUGAAGACAGACCCUAGCAAUGUGUUACAAACACUCAGAAUGUGGAACAUCCUUUUUUCGCACUGCGUGAAAACAUACCAUUUCCAUGGGGCCUGGUUGAAGUAGACUUUCUGCCAAAAGUAUGAUGUUAGCAAAUACUGUACAUUUGUUAAGAUUCAGUAAGACACACGUCAGUAAAUAGUUAGUAGAAGCCAUUGAUAAAAUGCAAUAUGCUCAGUAGAAAAUCAUUACACAACAAUGUUCAAGUUCUCUUAAGUACCUGCUUUUCCAACCCCUCCAUAUCUUCUCCCAACCCAAAAAAGUUAACUCAUCCAAUAAGGGACAUCAGAGCAGAAACAUUUAAAAUAUUGCUACCAUUACCUUGAGAUACUGACAGAAUAAGCGAAUAUGAAUUAGUAUACACUUUCUAAAAUAAAAAGCAGUUUAUAUUUAUUUAUUAAAUGUAAUGCACCACUUUUCUCCAAAAAUGACCAGCCUAGCUCUCAAGGAAUCAGGGACAAAUCCAGAAAUAAUCAGGGGACACUUAUUACCUUGAGACACUGACAGAAGAGAAUGUGAACAGAGAAUUGCUCUUAUAAACUUAGCAAGUUGCUUAAAUAACUGAAUUUGUUAACAUGCAUUUUCCUGAAGAAUAUGAAAUCUAUGUCAGACUUAUAAUAGUCAGUGAUUUGCCAGAAAACCACACAUUUUAUGAGCAACAAAUCAAAAGGGAAGAAUCUGGACAUUCUGCAAAAAUCUGUAACGCCAUUCCUGUCUGAGACAAUGUUAAAUCAGUCCUAUACUCUGCACAUUCAGCCACUUACCUCUUCCCAGUAAGGGAACAAAGCAUCUGCAGCUCCAAGUUCAUCAGUCCACAUCCCCCAAAUGCAAUCAGGGAGAAGAACAAAUAAAUCAUCCAAGGUAGAAGUAUAGUUCCCAGCAACAGCAGCACCACCAUGACCAUCCCGAUUCUCGAAUCAAGUAAAACAAAUUGCAGCCCUUUGCCCUCAGGUUAGUGGCCCAGUGUACAGCCAUCAUCGUACCUGAUGAAAUGCACUUCCACACCAACUCUCGUUCAGCUGGUGCCUACCUGUCUAGUCUCUGUACCCCAGUCCUCUUACCCACGAUCAUAAAUGAACUGCAUGAAUGUUCAAAUAGUUCAGUAGCUACAAGAUAGUGUGCAAUCAGAAGAAAACAGACGUAACUCUCAAUGUGUUCUUUUUGCGCCCUGCAAUAUCCUUUUCUGAAAGUAUUGCAGCGGCACGAAAAUUAGUAGUGGCAUGCGAUUGGCCACAUUUUGUGCCUCCUGAUUGGCUCACUUUGCAUCAGGAACAGAUGCUUGAUUGGCUUGUAUAUUGCAGUGCCGAUUGGCUUUAAUUGCGGUAUACAAGCCAGUCAAAAACUGUAAAGCAGAGCCACCACUGUUCAACGUGGAACUGCGGAACAGUGGGUUAAAUCAUUCCCAAAUCCAGAGCAUUCCGCACAAUCUGGAGCACUUGGCUACCCAGGGUUGGGCAUAAGCUAAGUCUUAAAAGGCCACAGCAGAGGAGUUGACAUUUUAGCUUGCUCCUGAAGGAACAGAGAAAUGGUGUUUUAUAUGUACGCAUUAGGCUAGUUGCCCUAUUAGGCUAUUUCAAACCUAGCCAGUUUACCCUAAAAUGAGAAUCAUACCCUGUACCUUUUGUCUGUGACGUAAACAUCUUAACCAUUAUGUCAAUCCCCAUUUACUUACCAGGUUACAAAAAUGCAGACUUAGUAGUGGACAUUGAUGGAAGCAUCAGUUUCAUCAAUAUGUAAAGCACUACAAGCCAUGAAACUGGGAGGGGCAAAUGGAUAAACACUGCAGCACAGAUUACAAAAAAUUGAACUAAUCAGAGUAUAAGGAGAAGCAAAUGGUUUACAGUAUAGAUUACAGCUUCUGUUUCAACUUCCAUCUUUCUUCAGAUACUCUAAGCACCUUGUAAAGUACACCUGGAGUAUGAUGAGAUUUAAAACAAAUGAAAUGUAGAAUGUACAAUGUGACCAAAUACAGAUUAUUGUUUAAGGCAAGUACCGAGUAAAAUUUCAAAGAACAGUAACACUAAAAUAAAUUAAUCAACAGUAAACACCUAAACAGUUACAGGGAGUGGCAAAACACAAUGCAGGGCAGACUGUUCAGUAGAGAUCUGAAGCAUUAAUUGGUGAAAGUGCAGUGAUCUAUAAAAUUGAGGCAACCUGAAAUGGGUAGAAUGAGUGAAGAAAAGAGGAUAUAAUAUAGAAGGAAUCUGAAGAAAUAUUUUGUCAUGACAGAAGUUUAGAAAAUCUUAUGUCUUUAGGGAGUAGCAAGGACAGGUAGAGAUCAGUACAGUGAAAAGUGUAAUUGUGUUGGCAUGCAUUUAUACAAAAUACUUAAAAGAAUUGUAGCGAGAUACAAGAAAGAGCAGAGUCUGUUAUGUAUUUUUUUUACAAACAUGCCUCAUUUUGUGGUGAAGUGUGGUCUUGAAAAGUGGCAAAGGGUGUCCAUGUAUAAGACACCAACACUUGAUUUGUCCAUAGUGAGUAUAACAGACCACAUGAUAACAGUGGUCUUUUGAUCUACCUAAUAUUCCAGACUUGUAAAUAAACAAAAUGGUGGCAGAUUAGGUCAAACAAAUGAACAUAUUUUAUUUAUUUAUUUAUUUGGGGGGGUAGUUAAAGAACAAGAUAGUUUGCAAGGUAAAGAACUUUAAAUUACUUUGGCAGAAGUUUGCUUUUCUCUGUCAUAAGAUAUGGCUUAGACCAUAUCCUCUGUUGGUGUACUAUUUAUAUUCAUUUUCCAUUUGAGUUCUAGUUACAGUCUGUGUGCAACAAAUAUGGCGAAUUGCUGGUCUGUGGUGUUUUCACCUUCAUGUGAUGUGUUGUAAAUUAGCUUUGUUGGGUACAUUUGGCUACUACAAAAUUAUAAACAGUCCACCAAUAAACUACUUGCUGGAUAUCAAUUACAA